AUGGCUCUGCUGCGGCCGCUGCCGCUCCUGCUGGUGCUGGCUGUGGUGUUGUCCGCGGGGGUGGCGCGGGUGAGCGGGCUAUACGAGGACCAGGUGGGGACGUACGACUGGGUGCAGCCGCGCAUAGGCGGGGUUCGCUUCGCCGCGUUCCUCACCUCCUCGCAGCGCAAGCGCGUGCUCGUGGGCACCGACAGGAACGUCAUUGCGGCCCUGAACCUCCGCACAGGGGACAUUGCGUGGCGCCGUGUGCUAGGGGACAAGGACACCAUCCAUGCGCUGGAUAUGGGCGGCAAAUACCUCGUCACCCUGUCUGGCACCAAGGCAGCAGCAGUGAGGGCGUGGGCUGUGCCUGAUGGGACUCUCGCAUGGGAGACAGUGCUGCCACUGCCUGCAGCUGCUGCAGCUGGAGUUGCCAAAUUCAUCACAAUCCCAGCCACUGACGGUUCCUCACCAGACCGAGUGGUGGUCCUCCUUGGAUCAGCUGCAGCAGCAUCAGCACCAGCAGAAGCAGCUGAACCAGAAGCAGCAGGAGUAGGAGCAGCAUCGGAGAUCACUGCCUCUGCUGCCUCUCCUCCCUCCUCCUCCGUUUCCUCCUCAUUUCCUCCUCCUGCUGCGUUUGUCACGGCGACUGACACUGCGGUGGCUGUGGAUUCGGCUUCUGGUAACAUCCUUACUGCUGCACUGGUUACCUCUGUUACAGCGGAUGCUACAGCCGAUGUUACAGCUGCUACAGUGCAAUUGCACAGUACCCCCCUUGCCUCUCUCUUACCCAAGGAGCACUACCAGUCAGGAGUCUCUGCUGCUGUGGUGCCAGAGAAAGCUCCAGGAAGCUUCUUCUGGCUGUCUGUGCCAGGAGCCGUGUUUCUCCUGUCGGCAGGGGCGGCAGACGGGCAGGCUGGGUCGGCAGGACAGGUGUCGCUCGUUGAUUCGUUCCCUGGGUUGAGCGCUGUUAGUGCGAGCGUCGUGGGGGGAACACCAGGAGCAGCGGGGGCAGGAGGAGGAGGAGGGGAGGGAGGGGAAGUGGGGAGUUUCUAUUCCGGUCUUGUGGGCUCGCAAGGCAGCAGUGAUACCCUCAAGUUCCACAUGCAGGUGCACCAGCUGCUUCCCCCCUCCUCCUCCCCCCCUGCCCUGCUCUCGGACUCUGUCUCUGUGCCACCUCACCGCGGCCCCCCUGUUCGCGUUUUCCUGAAUGCCUAUGCGAGGGCAGCAGGGGCAGGGGGGGGGGGGCGGGGCAAGGGGGAGAAAUCGGCGGGAGGGGCAGGAGAGGGGAAGGCGGGUGCGUUUGGGUUCAGGCUGCUGGUGGUGGGAGAGGAUGACUCGUUGUCUCUGCUUCAGCAGGGUGAGGUGGUGUGGGAGAGGGAAGAGGCUCUAGCCUCGGUAGUGGCAGUAACAAUAGCAGAGCUCCCGGAGGAGGAGGAGGGGCUGUCAGUGGCAGCAGUGGAGCAUGACAUCUACGAGUGGGCUCGCACACACCUGCUCAGAGCCAAGGCGUCUCUCAAUCUCGGCUCAGCUGAGGAACAGGCGUUGGUGCAUCGCCUGCGCACCGCCUCCCCUGAAAAGAUCAAGCCUUUCCGGGAUAGGAACGGGUUUCGGCGUAUUCUUCUGCUGCUGACCGCGCCAGGUGGGGACAGCAGAGCGUCAGGUGGAAACAGCAGAGGCGGGAUGGGGAAGCUGUUUGCGUUGCAUUCUGGGGAUGGUCGGGUGCUGUGGGCUGCUGCGCUGCCGUCAGGUGGUUCUUCAGGUGGAAUGGGCGCGUCUGUGUUUUCACCUGAAGCGCUGGUGCUGUGGAGGGACCCCCACCGCACGUCACCUGACCAAACACCUGAAGCUCUGGUGCUGCAAAUCAGGCAGCAGAAGCAGGAGCAGGAGCAGCAGGCGGGGGGGGAUAGGAAGGUUGCACAUGCUGCAUUAGUGACUGUAGUGAAUGGACACACGGGGGAUGUGCUUGAAUCGAAGGGCCUGCCCUUUGUGCCCCGUCUCGUUGCCCCCUUGCCCCUGGUGGGGAAAGACGAGCGGCGGCUGGUAAUGCUGGUCGAAAAGGUAGAGAGGAACGAGGAGGAGGAACAUAGAGAGGGGAAAGCGGAGACAGGUGGGAAAGGACAGGGACAGGAAGGGCUAGAGAAGGGAGGUGCAGCAGCAGGGGAAGGGGGGAAGGCGCGGCGGUACGAGCCUGUGCGGGUUCAUGUAUUCCCUGGGACGGAGGAGGCAAGGGGGCUGUUUGAAGGGCACAAGAAGGAGGUGUUCUUUUACCUGGUGGAUGCUAUAACGGGGUCUGUGGAGGGGUAUAGCAUUGGAGAGGAGGUGAAGGAGGAGGGUGGCAGUGGUGGGAUUGGUGGGAGGAGCGAUGAUGGGAGGUUGGGAAGGGGUGUGGUGUAUGGAGCAGUGCUGGUGUGGCGGGUGCUGCUGCCUGCUGACUCGGAGGUCAUUUCAGCCAUUGCUGCACCUAAGAGAGAGGAGUCCCAGCACACACAAGUGCGGGCCCUGGGCGAUCGCAGCGUGCAGUUCAAGCUGCUUUCCAAGAACCUGCUCUUCCUCGCCACCACCACGCCUCCUGCCGCCGCUGCUGCCUCUGCUUCUGCUGCUGGAGUGGGGGCGGGAGGGGAGGAGGGAGGAGCGGUGGUGGUGUAUUUGAUUGACACGGUGGGAGGGCAGGUGGUGGAGAGGGUGGUUCAUUCGGGCAUGCAGGGACCCGUGCACGCGGAGUUUGGGGUUGCCAUGGGUGCAGGGGGAGCGGGGGUGGGAGGGGAGGAGGGGGGAGCGGUGGUGGUGUAUCUGAUUGACACGGUGGGAGGGCAGGUGGUGGAGCGGGUGGUGCAUGCGGGCAUGCAGGGAUUCGUGCACGCGGUCAUGGCGGAGAACUGGGUGGUAUACCAUUACUUCAACCCCGCAGCCUCUCGCCACGAAGUCUCCACUAUAGAGCUCCUCGAUACCUCUCUUAAGGACGUCCCCGUUAUAGACUACCUCAAAUACGGACUCAGCAUCCCUGGAUCGUCCAACCUCACAGCGCCGCUUUCUGCGGCGGAAAUUCCCUGGGAGAGGGUGAAGCGGCUGAGGCAGAGUUACUACUUCCCCUACGCGCUGAGGUGUAUUUCGGUGACUUCCACCCUUGCGGGGAUCACAAACAAGCAUGUGCUCUUUGGUACAGCGCUUGAUCAGGUCCUUGCUCUCGACCGUCGAUUCCUGGACCCCCGCAGGGUGCCUGAGCCGUCACAGCAGGACAAGGAGGCGGGCAUCAUGCCUUACAGUGACUCGCUGCCUGCCCCUGGCCAGGCCUACCUCACCCACCGCUACCGCAUAGAGGGGCUGAGGCACAUCCUGUCCUUCCCCACGCGCCUGGAGUCCACCACCCUUGUCUUGGCUCACGGGCUGGACCUCUUCUUUGUGCGCACCGCCCCCUCUCGCGUCUUUGACUCCCUGGGAGAGGAUUUCAGCUUCGCCCUGCUGCUGGGGACGAUUGCUGUGCUGUCGAUCGCGAUUCUGGUGACCUGGGGGCUGUCUAGGAAGCAGGAGCUGAAGCAGCGGUGGAAGUGA